AUGAAUAAUACAUAACUAAUUGAACUUUUACUGCAUUUUUUAUCCUUUUAAAUUUGUGCUGAUCUAAAAUUUUUAAUCUUAGUUGUAGGUCAUUAAUGGGAACAGACCAUCAACUCUAUAUUUGGGUAAAGUAGUAUUCAUCAUCAAUAACAAAAGUGCUAGAAUAGACUUUGAAGUAAGUGAAAAAUUAAAUAUUUAAACGCCACGUCAUGGUUGAUUUAAAUGUUGGGAGAGAUGAACGAAUUCAAUUAAUAAAAUAAUUUUACAACUACAAUAAAGAUUUAAAUCAUCCUAGAAAUAUAUUAGUAGAAUUAUACAUUAUAAUGAUGAUGAAUCUAAAUGAUGAAUCUUUUAAGAGCUCUGCCUUUUUUAUUUAGAUCCUUGUUUUUAUUUCGAUACUUAAACACAAUUAUCGCAUUAAUGAUGCUAACUAGCAAAGAUUUGAAAAGAAAAACCUUUUUUUUAAGACACAGUUAGUAUACUUGAUAAAAGCGAAAGAAUUGAAGUUUGCUAGGAAUCCAAGAUCUUUCCAACUAUUAAUUUUUUAUGCACAAUUUCUAUAUAUUCUUGGGCUAAUUCGAUAAAGAUUAUGGAUUGCAAUAUCCUAAAAAAGAAAUUCUAUAUCAUUCAUCGAGUUAAUCAACACUAUAAAAACAAGGGUGAUGAAAAUUCUCUUUUAAUUUGAAUUAAUCCCAAAAAAAUUGUAUAUCGAUUGA